AUCUUUGGAUUGUUUGCCACCAAUUGGUGGACUUUAGUAUUCAUUACAAUUUGGACCAAAAGUUUAAUUCCCUUUCAAUGAAUUGUUUUUUUUACCUAAUGAUCAACAAAAUGAUUAUGCAUGUAUGAUGAGAAGAAAUAAUAAUAACAUUAUUCUUCCUAGACUUGUUUUUUACAGGUAAGACUUUUCAUGUCUUUGAUCUUCGCCAAGUUGGUGUAACAAUGUUUUUUUUUUUUUACAGAUGGUGUAACAGUGUUUUAAUAGCACUCACUGACCAGCUAUCAGAGAUCCGAUCGAUGAUCGGCGACCUAGAGUUUAGCAUGUUUGAGGCGUCACCAAUGUGGUGAGAGUUUUUUGUCAUAAAAAAAAGUAGUAGUUUUGGAGUUAACCAGGCAAGUCGGCCGAGUAUGAGCCGAGGCUGAACCGGGCAUUAUUGACCCAGUUGGUUAGUGGUAUCACUAUCGAUCUGGUCCAACCCACUGUCCGACCCGGCUCUAGUUUUAUAACCGUAACUCCGUAAGUAGUCCGUUGAGAAUUGAGAAAGGACAUAACCUAAGGACGGCGGGCGACGAGAGAGAAAUCGUGCAUCUAGUGAAGGGUUUAAGGGCGGCGGCGAGGGGUUUAUACUUUUUACUCCGCCAAAGGUGCCGCCACAGCCUAGGUUCCAGUAAAGCAGCUCUCCGGCGAGCGAAAGAAGAAGAAAGAAGGAAGGGAGAAGCAGAAAUUCUCUUCUAAUGGCGACGCCUUCCCAUGCUGUGGCUGUGAAGUCUCUCAACCAGUCCGCUGGUCGCGGCCGGUUUGUGUUCAAGUCCUUUUCCCAGAAAAUAGAAGGACUUGAAGUUAAUGUCUUCAGAAGCCUUGAUAGAAUCAAGCAGGAGCCUUCCUAUGGGACUUUCUUCAACGACUGCCUGAAGGAAUGGAGGGAAUUGAACACUGCUGAAGACUUCAUUACUCUUUAUGACGAAAUGUCGCCCUUAGUACAGAGUUCGAAAUCCUUGGCAUUGCAUAAGGAAUUUAUUGUCUCGGCGCUGCUAUCCAGACUACAGAUGCAAGCACGCCUAUCUCUUGAGCCGAUUCUCAGGUUGACUGCAGCUCUAUCUAGAGAUCUCCUGGAAGACUUCAUUGUCUAUUUGCCAAGGGUUGUUCGUUCGUUGGUCUCCCUACUUGAAAGUGGUGCUGACCAGGAUCCGGACAUUCUCGAGCAGAUUUUCACAACGUGGUCAUACAUUCUAAUGUACCUCCAGGGGUGGCUUACAAUGGACAUUGUGGGGAUACUAAAGGUGUCACAAAGAUUGAGAUACUACCCAAAGGAAUAUGUAAGAAGGUUUAUGGCAGAGGCUACUUCCUUCUUGCUGAGAAAUGCUCCUCACAAGCAGUUGGAACAAGGAGUCAAGGAGGUCAUAGGUGAGGCUGUAGACGACCCAUCACUUGCACGGAAUGAUGGUGUUAGUGCUCUACUUUAUUAUUCUACCAAAGUAACGUCAUCCAGUCUUCACUCAAAAGCUGAGCGCAUAUUGCAACUGUUAAUUGGUGAUCUUCUGAAGAAUCAUAACCAAGAUUCAGUUGUUGAUGUUGUAAGUAGUACGAUCCAGAGAUUGUGCAAAGACCAAGAGAUCAAGGAGUUAAACUUUCUGUGGGAUUGCCUGUAUAACAACAUGGAUUGUUGUGUAAGAGAUAUGUCCUUGGUGCAUCUUAGUCGAAUUCUGGCACUGCUGGUAUCAAUGGUACAGAUAAACAAGGGUCGACAUGUUCCUGAUUACCAGCCAAUGCUAAAAUGUGUUGGAUCAGUUGUUGAUAAAUUUAUCAAGCCUUUCGGUGCUGGGAAAGAAGAGAAUGAUUUAUCAGGGAUUGUCGAUAAUCUUCUGCAGUUAAUGCUAUGUAUUCUUGAUGGACUGAAAUCUUUGAAUGAUGAAUGCAAGUAUGCUUACUGUUCCUUGCAAUGGGGUCCUGUUUUCAACCUUAAAACCAAGAGCUGUUUGGAAUUUAUCAGCGGACUGAUGGAGAAGGAUUUGCGUAUAGUACAAGUAUUUCAAGUUGGCAUCUUAAGAGCCAUGAAUAACUUGAUAGAGCUCUACCAGGUAGAUCUUGUUCAUCUACUUUUGUGCCUCUGUGAGCGACUCCAAAAUGAGUCUCCUGGUUCAACAUUGUUUGAUGGAACUUCUGGCCCUGCACUUUGCAAAAUUCACGACUUUCUUGUGCGGACCAUAAAGGGCUGUGUUGCUGAAGUGAAUGGUGCUGUUUGUGGUCAGUCAUGUACGGUUGAUACGGACAAAUUGCCAUUGGUAUGGGGAGCCAUGUGCUGCUAUCCUCAUGUCAGUGGUAUUCGAGCUGAUGCGAACUUGAUAAUGCAGUUGAUGGAUUCACUAAAAGCCCUACUGAUGAAUGAAACUGAAAAUAUUGCAGGUGCUGAUAGACAAACUUGGCAAAGCCUUGUUGGUGCUGCCCUAAGUUGUUACAUCAUGCUCAGUGAGAAACCUGGGCCUGAGAAAACCAGCUAUGUUCUGGAAACUGCUAGAGCACACAAGGCAUCACCACAAGUGUUAGCUGCGUGUGCUGAUUGUCUGGAUGUGAUCCUCCGGGAUGGAGCCGAAGCAGAAACCUCUACUAAAAUCUUAAAUACAGAGUUUGUGGAUAAUUUGUCCAACCCAGACAAGAAUGUCCGUCUCUCAACUCUGAAAAUUCUGUGUCACUGUGAAGUAGAAGGUCAACCGGAUUCGUCCAAUGACCAACCUCCUGCGAAGAAAAUGAAAAUUGAAGCCGCCCAGAGUUUUCAUGUUGAUAAAUCUCCCAGUAAUGCACUCCAGCUUCUUCGCACGAUCGAAGAAACUCCUCUCUCAUCACAUACCAGUAGGAAAGUUGUCUUACUGAUCUCUGCUAUACAGACAGAUCUUGUUGCUGAGAGGAUAUCUAAAACUUAUCUGCCGGUCGUUUUGAGUGGAAUGAUCGGCAUCCUUCACAAUGGUUUUAGUCAUCUCUGGAAUCCAGCAUCUGAAUGCCUUGCAGUUUUAAUUAACAAAAACGUAGAGCUUCUGUGGGACCAGUUUUUAUACUACUUCCAACAUUUUCAAACUCUGUUUCUGAAGUCUCAGUCUCAGCAAGACGGAGUGACUGCUUUAUCAGCUGAAUCGUCAAGUGAUUUGUCACAGCGUUUUCAUUCAUUUGUCACAUCUGCCUCUGAACGUACCCUUGGUUCAUCGGUCCUUCCAUUAUUGCUCCAGUCCAUAAAAAGAAUUCCUUGCAUCGUUGAAGCCCGCUCUCGAUCUAUUGUACCUCUAUUCUUGAAUUUCUUGGGUUACAAUGAUGAUGAUCUCAAAAGUGUAGGAUCAUUCAACCCAGAUGCUUGCAGACGCAAAGAGUGGAAAGGGAUCCUCAAAGAGUGGUUGAACUUAAUGAAACUUAUGAAGAACCCUAAGGCCUUGUACAGGACUCAAUUUGUGAAAGACAUUCUAUGCAUUAGGCUGAUGGAUGACAACGAUGUCAAUGUACAAAUGGAUGUUCUUGAUUGCCUCUUAACAUGGAAGGAUGAGUUUCUUGUCCCAUAUCAGGAUCAUCUAAGAAAUUUAAUUAGUCCAAAAACUUUAAGAGAAGAACUGACAACCUGGAGCAUAUCUAGAGAAUCUUGCCCCAUUGAUGAACUUCACAGACCGAAUCUUGUGCCUCUCAUUAUUGUUCUUCUGAUGCCAAAAGUGACAAAUCUGAGGAGUCUUGCAUCUCGGAAGCAUGCAAGUCUACGUCUCCGGAAGGAAGUUCUUCGCUUCAUGGCACAACUUGACAUCAAUGAAAUAUCUCUUUUCUAUGCAUCAUUAGUAAAACGGUUGGACAUCUUACCUAGAGGAGUUGAUGAUGCUGCAAUUUUAUGCUGGACUGCACCGGAGAAUUCGAUGCAUCAAUUUGAACCUUCAAACUUCCUGAAGUACUUUACGAAUGAAAAUAUUUUGGGCCUCUCCUGGGACAAGAGAUAUGGUUUUGUGCAUGUGAUUGAAGCUAUUCUUGAAGAAUUUGAUGAAUUGCAUAUCAGACCUUUCCUCAAUCUGUUAAUGGGUUGUGUUGCUCGGCUACUGGUGAGCUGUUCAUUAUGUCUUGGAGCUCCAAAGGGAGCAGGUGAAACUGAUCAAAGUGAGGAAGAAGAAGCUGCAGUGGAUGAAACACCGGUGGUCUCUAUGACGAAGGAGUUCAAGCACUUGAGGUCUUUGUGCUUGAAAAUUGUCUCCGGCGUUCUGAAUAAGUACUACGACCAUGACUUUGGGUGUGAAUUCUGGGAUAUGUUCUUUUCAUCUGUAAAACCCUUAAUUAGCAGUUUUAAGCAUCAAGGUUCUAGUAGUGAGAAGCCAAGCUCACUCUUCUCUUGUUUUGUGGCUAUGAGUAAAAGUCACAAUUUGGUGUCAUUACUGUGUCGAGAAAACAGUCUUGUCCCUAGUAUCUUUUCAAUUCUGAGUGUUAGAACAGCUUCAGAGGCCAUUGUGUCCCAUGUUCUCGCGUUCAUCGAGAACCUGUUGAUUCUCGAUCAAGAGUAUGUUGAUGAAGACGAUGCUAUAAAGAGAGUUCUUCUUCCGAAUCUUAAAGAACUGAUCAGCAGUUUGCAUUCUCUGUUGAAGGGCGAUGAGAUGACAAAAAGGAAAUGGACCACAUCCGCAGUGGAGGUAGUGGUUGGGAUUUUGAAAUCGUUGUCAAAAUAUGUGAAUGAUUUCCCAACUGCACAACAAUUUUUAACCAUCUCGCUUCAACUUUUGGCUGCACGAGUCAAGGAUUCUGAUGCUUGUAUCAAGUGUUUGCAAAUUGUGCGGGAGACUAUACAGACUGUGCCAUUAUUGGGAAAUCAGAGCACCCGAGAAAUUCUCAACUGUGUCUCACCUCUUUUUAUAUCCGCGAAGCUGGAUGUCCGGGUGUCUGUUUGUGAUCUUCUUGGUGCUCUUGCUAAAACUGAUCCUUCUCUGCUCUUUCUGGCAGAACUGCUGCUUAAAUUGAAUUCCACAAUAGAUGUGGACGAUCUUGAUUAUGACAAUAUUGUUCGGGGUUAUGAGACGAUCGGGGUUGAGUUCUUCUACGGUGUCAAAGAAUAUCACGCAAUCAUUGUUCUGUCACAGUGUGUUGGUCAUAUGUCCUCCGACGAAUUGAUUGUAAGGCAUAGUGCCUAUAGAGCAAUGCGGUCAUUUGUUGAAUUCUCUGCACAGUUUCUUGGUGAAUUAAAGGACAAAGGUGAGGCUGAGGAAGCAGUCGUAUCUGAUGAAGAGGGUUCGUGGACAAGUAAAAGCAUCCGGCGGAUGAUAAACAAAUUCAUUCUGAACCAGAUAGGAAAGGCUAUGAAGGCAGGAAGUACAGUUAGAAAGGAAUGGAUUGAGUUGCUGCGAGAUAUGGUCUUGAAGCUUCCAGAGGUUUCAAAUCUUGGGUCGUUCAGAGCUCUGUGUUCUGAAGAUGCUGACCAGGACUUCUUUAAGAAUAUUAUCCAUUUGCAGAAGCAUAUGAGGGCCAAGGCGCUCACAAGGUUCAAGAGUAAAAUCAGUGGAAGUAGCAUGUCAGAGGGCAUUAUAAACAAAGUGUUUAUGCCACUCUUUUUCAACAUGAUGCUUGAUGUCCAAGUUGGGAAAGGAGAGCAUAUGAAAGGUGUAUAUGCAGAUGCUCUCGCCUCUAUUUCAGCCCAUGUGGGAUGGAAAUCAUACUAUUCACUUUUAUUGAGGUGUUUCCAAGAAAUGGAUAAGAAGCUGGACAAGCAGAAGAUCUUGCUGAGGCUAGCUUGUUCUGUAUUGGAUAACUUCCACUUUUCACAUGCCAGUUCCACUCGAGGAGUAGAAGAGUAUGCACUUGAAGAGGCUGAGAUACAGGAGUGUCUUCAAAAGGUUGUUCUUCCGAGGAUACAGAAGUUACUUGGUUCAGAUUCUGACAAAGUCAAUGUCACAAUUAGUGUGGUUUCACUUAAAGUUCUAAAGUUGCUUCCUGGGGAUAGAUUGGAUGCACAACUUCCUAGUAUUAUCCAUCGCAUUGCAAAUCAUCUGAAGAGUCAUAUGGUGAGCAUCCGUGAUGAAGCAAGGGUCGCGUUGGCUGCCUGUUUAAAAGAGCUUGGCCCUGAAUACUUGCAGCUUAUUGUGAAGGUUCUCCAAGGCACAUUAAAACGAGGAUAUGAGCUCCAUGUGUUGGGCUAUACUCUCCAUUUUCUUUUGUCAAAGCUCCUAUCAACUCCCGAAAGUGACAAUUCGGACAAUAGUAACGAGGAUGUGAGUAGGAGUGGCAAUGCCACCCCACUCCAUGCUACUGGCAGGGCAGGUAAUACCAGCCCAGAACUGGUCAGGCCAGGUCAGGUGGAGCUGGUUAGAAAACUGAAAUCGCCAUCCCCAAAUGUGAAAUUGGAUUACUGUAUAGAGGAUUUACUUCAAGUAGUGGAGAAAGAUAUUCUGGGGGAUGUUGCUGAAGAGAAGGAAGUCGAUAAGAUUGCUUCGAAGAUGAAGGAAACCAGGAAGAGGAUGUCAUUUGAUACCUUGAAAUUAAUUGCGGAGAAUAUUUCAUUCAAAAGCAUUGCAUUUUCCUCAAAAGAAAAUGGCAUUUCCUCAAAACUUCUUUUGCCUGUAACAGCUCACAUGCAGGAGCAUCUAACGCCGAAAAAGAAAACAAAGCUGGAGAGCAUGCUGAAUCAAAUAGCUGCUGGAAUCGAGAAGAACCCUUUUGUUGAUCCAACUGAUCUCUUUACUUUCAUAUAUAUCCUUAUUGAAAGAGGUAUUAAUGAAGAAAGUGCAGGGGAGGGGACUUUUAUUGGAGGGUCUAAGCCACACUUGAACAGAGAAGUGCAGCGUGGAAAAAGAGUUUCUGCUACUCCAUUUGUCAAGACAAGGCCGGCAUGCUCACAUCUUAUUACAGUGUUUGCUCUUGACUUAUUCUACAAACGCAUGAAGAGCCAUAAGUCUGAUGAGAGUGAUGAAGACCACAUGAAGGUUCUUCCGAAAUCGGGCAAGUGUGGUGAAGAGCUCUUGUCAAAGUUGGAUCCGUUUGUGAAGUUGCUAGGUAGUUGCCUGAGUACAAAGUAUGAAGAUAUUUUGUCUGCAUCCCUUAGAUGUCUUACCAAACUGGUUAGGCUCCCCCUGCCAUCGCUUACUUCUCAGGCUGAUAAAAUAAAGGUCACUUCAUUAGAUAUUGCUGAGAGUUCUAUAAAUGCUAACAGCCCUCUAAUGGAGUCGUGUCUAAGAUUGUUGGUGGCCCUCCUCCAGAGCACCAGGGUUACUCUUUCCUCUGAUCAACUGCAUAUGCUUAUUCAGUUCCCACUGUUUCUGGAUCUUGAAAGGAAUCCUUCACAUGUUGCGCUCUCACUUCUGUUAGCAAUAGUGAGACGGAAGUUGGUGGUUCCUGAAAUAUAUGAUCUCAUACUACGAGUAGCAGAACUCAUGGUGACUAGUCAAGUCGAAUCUGUUCAAAAGAAAUGCAGUCAGAUUCUUCUGCAAUUUUUGCGUGAAUACAAACUUACAGAUAAAUACUUGGACCAGCAGCUAAAAUUUCUGCAAAAAAAUUUGAGUUAUGUGUAUCCAUCUGGAAGAAAAGCAGUACUUGGAAUGCUUCACACCAUUAUUGUGAAAUUGCCGCAGAGAUUUCUUGAUGAGCAUGCAGGUUCCUUGUUUCUCCAUUUGGGGCUGUGUUUGGCCAAUGACGAAGACAGUGAAGUCCGUUCCUUGGCGGCUACUGCCAUAAAACUUCUAGUCCGACAUACAAAGCGAAACAGUUUUAGGUCCUUUUUUGACAUUAGUCUGUCUUGGUACAAGGAUGAGCGGUCACGAGUUCGAAGUCCUGGUGCUCAGGUGCUCGGAUUAAUUGUAGAGGGUGCAAAGGAAGUCUCCCAGAAACAUAUUGACAUUAUUUUGCCAGACAUUGAAAAGAUUUUACGGUCUGCUUCAGAAGCUGUCAUUGAAGCACCAGAUCAUUCUGAUGAAUCUAUUCCUUAUUGGAAAGAGGCUUAUUAUUCGCUGGUUCUCCUCGAGAAGAUUGUUAAACGAUUCACUGAACUAGGCUUUGAGAGUAAAUUUGAGGAUCUAUGGGAAUCGGUGAUCCAGUCCCUUGUUCAUCCGCAUACAUGGUUGCGCAACGUAUCAAGCCGACUUGUUGAUUUAUACUUCUCCACUGUAAAAAGCCGCAGAAAGAAGGGUAGCAGGGAGGCGAAUGAAGAGUUUUUCCUUCUGAAACCAAGCAGACUCUUCCAGCUUGCUGGUUCCCUCUGCUGCCAACUCAAAACACGAUCCAUAGAUGAGGCUGCAGGCGAAAUCAUUAAGAAGAAUCUCAUCUUUGCCAUCAAUGAAAUCCGUGAUUUGGUCUCCAGAAUGGAGGAUCCUCACGCAUUAUUAUUGAAGGAGAAGGGUGGGUUCCUUAAAGGUUUCAAGCUGCUGGAUUAUAAAAAGGGAAGAGGUGCCUUCUUACAUGUCAUAUGUGGUGCUAAUGCUGAAGAUGAUGAAUGUGACGAAGGCGAGGGAGGAGGAGAUGUUCAGCAUCUUCUUGUUUCCAGUUUGCUCAGAAAACUUGGAGAGAUAGCUCUUCAGACUGAGGAUACACAGACCAAAAUAGUUCUUGAUUGCUACAAGAGUUUAUCCCAGCAAACCGAUCUUGGAGACUUACAACACUAUGCUCAUGAUAUGCUGUUGCUUGCAUACAAAGUCUCUGAAGGUUUUGCUGGCAGAGUUAUCUCCGAUGAUGUGAAGCCACUAGCUAAAGAAGUGUACGAAAGCGUCGAGAAGGCAGUAGGCAACGAGAUAUUUGUUCAGAUUAACAGCAAGAUAAGGAAGAGCAUGAAAGCAAAGAGAGACAAGAGGAAGCAAGAAGAGAAGGUGAUGGCUGUGGUGAAUCCAACGAGAAACGCCAAGAGGAAGCUCAAGGUUGCGGCUAAGCAUCGUGCCAACAAGAAGAGGAAGAUGAUGACCAUGAAAAUGGGGAGAUGGAUGCGUUAAUUUAUUAUUUAUUUGAAAGAAACAGAAGAAAAACGGCUGAGUUUGUUUGGCGGGAAUUGACCUAACGGUUUCUUGACCUGAUCCGUCUCUCCUCUGUAUGUCUCCGUUGUAAAUUAUCAAUUUUGGUACCUAAUCUUGUUGUAGGUGGUAAUAUGGUACAUUAUUAAUUAUAGUUGCAAAUGAGCUGACCGUUUAAGUUAAGUGGUUUGUUGAGGUCUCGUUUUGAGAUCAUAAGAAGUCUGAUUACUGUGGUUAGUAAGUCAACUUAAUUGUCAAUUUAAUAACGAAUUCAUCUAUAUCUACCUUGUUGAUAAUUCAUAAGUUAAUUAUAUAUUAUUGAUGUGUAAGACGUUUGAGUUGAUAAACAAAUGCCUCUUUAUAGUCUAAAAAUAAAUUAUUUAGAUGCUACUUUGAAUUAAAUAAAUUAAAAUUAAUAAG